AUGAGUAGACUCAAGCUUUUAAUCGUAGGACCUAACAAGUCUGGCAAAUCGACAAUAGCUAACAUUCUUGGAGAUCUCUAAGAUGGUCCAUCAGCAAUUUACAGGCCUACUAUCGGUUGCAGAAUUGUUGACUUUGAGAGAGAUCCACCCCCAGGUGUUACAAACUUCGGCAAAAUCCAUUUGGAGCUUUGGGAUGCUAGCGGAGAUUUCAAGUACGAGAAGUGCUGGGCACCAAUACAGAAGGACGCUCAUGGUAUCAUCUUUGUAUAUGAUCCAGCAAAUCCAGGCGCAGAAGACAUUUUAAAUCAACUUGUGCAGUUAUUCCCUAAAGCAAUGAUGCUUCAACCUAAAUUCUGUAUGGUUAUCAUCAAUCAUCACAAUGUGGGAGGUGCUGGAGCUUAAUUGCCAAAGCAUACUAUUCCCAACUGCAUGAAUGGUCUACACAGACAUGAAGGUACAGCUGAAGAUACACAAGGAAUAUUUGGAGGUUUUGAGAAAUACUUGAUGAAAAUAUUAAAACUAUUAGGAGAAAUGCAAGAACAAGAUGAAAAUAGAAUUAUGAAUUUAUGA